AUGGCCUCUGUAAACGAAAACGAAAAGGCGCUGGUGAAUCACGACCUUGAGGCUGGGGCAACAACAAAUCCUCAAAAAAUGGUCGACAUCAGUCCCCUCAACUCCAAUGAAUCUGCGUUUGAUCCUCAUGAAGCACCAGUACCAUUCUAUGACUAUUCCAGUAGAAGAGAAUCGCGUGCUGAUAUUCGCCGUCGGUUGUCUACAAUUUCUGUUUACCAGACUGUCGAAGAACAACAGACCAUUGCCGAUGUGCUUGCUAAACGCACUGUUGACGAAUCUAAACCCAUGCCUAAUAUGGGCGGUGGCCGAUCUUUCCCUCCAUCUCUUCCUGACCAAGACAGAUACCGUGUUGCUUUUGAUGGUCCCGAAGAUGCUCGCCAUCCCUUCAAUUGGUCCAGCAAGCGCAAGGCUGUGAUUGGAGUUUCUCUGUCUCUGGUGACGUUCACUUCAGCUUGGGGGUCUUCUGUUUUUUCUCCUACUGUGAAUGAAAUUGCCAGAAUUUAUCAAGUUAAACCAGUUGUUGCUUCUCUCGGUGUUUCACUUUAUGUUCUUGGGUUUGCUUCAGGCCCCAUCAUUUGGUCCCCACUUUCAGAACUUUACGGACGCAAGCCCCCAAUUGUUGUUUCUUUGUUAAUGUUUACUUGCUUUUCGUUUGCAUGCGCUACUGCAAAGGAUCUCCAAACAAUUAUUAUAACGCGGUUUUUUACAGGUUUGUCUGGGUCUUCGCCCUUGACACUAGUUGCCGCUAUUUUUGCAGACAUGUUUUCCAAUGAAGGCAAGGUGACGCGUGGUAUUGCAAUUGAUAUAUUUGCAAUGGCUGUUUUUGCUGGUCCAAUGGUUUCACCUAUUGUUGGUGGUUUUGUUGUUCAAUCUUAUUUGGGUUGGCGUUGGACAAUGUAUUUGACUGGGUUCUUGGGAGCCCUGUCACUGAUUCUUGUUGUUUUUUUUGUUGAAGAAACUUAUGCCCCUCUUAUUUUGGUUGACAAGGCCCAAGAUAUCCGUGAGCGCACAGGCAAUUGGGGUGUACACGCUGUUCAUGAACAUGUUCGUAUUGACUUGCACGAAAUUGUAUCAAAUACUAUUGCUCGUCCCAUUAAAAUGCUGUUUAGCGAGCCCAUCAUCUUGAUGAUUGCCAUUUACAAUGGCUUCACUUAUUUGAUUUUGUAUCUGUGUUUGUCAAGUUAUCCUUAUACAUUUGUGGGCAAGUACAAAUGGUCUUUGGGAAAGGCUAUGCUUCCGUAUAUUGGUAUUUUAAUUGGCGAGUUUAUUUCCUGUAUUGUUAUGGUUUUUUACUUUGAGCCCAAGUAUACAAAAGCUGAUAAGGAAGGCCUUGCGACUCCAGAAAUGCGUCUAGCACCCGUUCUCCUAGCAGCUCUUGUAUUCCCCAUUGGUCUCUUUUGGUUUUUCUGGUCGGCCAAUUAUGCUGAGCAUUGUCAUUGGAUUGUACCUACACUUUCAGGUCUCUUCACUGGGUAUGGACUUAUGGGUAUUCUGGUCCCUUCAAUCAAUUACAUUGUUGACUCGUAUCUGUUUUUUGCAGCGUCGGCCCUUGCAUCUGUAACUCUGCUGCGUUCUCUAUUUGGUGCAUCUGCCCCUCUAUUUGCCACAUAUAUGUUUGAAGGUAUUCAUUUGAACUGGUCCGGUCUUUUGCUGGGUCUUGUUGCUGUUGGUCUUGCGCCUGUCCCAUUUGCAUUCUACAAGUUAGGAGCCCGCAUUCGCGGUAAAUCCAAGUAUGCCUUUACUGAUUAA